AGUGAUUCGCGAGUGUUAUGUGCGUGCGUUGAAGGUGUUUUGUUCAUCAGCAAUGAAAGAUAGUUCGUGUCUAUGGCAUUAAUGUGUUAUAAAACGAGUGUUGUGUGUGCCGUUUCUUUUCAUGUUAAUUAGUGGGAUUUGUAAAAUGUGAGUUUAAUGUCAUUUAAAUGAUUGUGAAGUGCAGCACACGCUAUGGCCGCUAACAACAGAAACCGAUCCGUCGUUCAGCAUAAAAAUAUUACUGCAAUAUUUUCGAAAUUGCAUGGUGCAUUUUCAGACGCGAUGGCCCCUCCAAAACUAGCAACUGACAAGAAAACAUUGGAUAAAACGUGGAAGUUGAUGGACAAGGUUGUCAAAUUAUGUCAACAUCAAAAAAUGAACCUAAAAAAUUCCCCUCCUUUCAUCCUUGAUAUCUUACCGGAUACCUAUCAGCGUUUGAGGCUCAUUUACUCUAAAUAUGAGGAUAAAAUGAUAGUUUUGCAUAACAACGAACACUUCAAUGUAUUUAUCAUUAACUUAAUGAGGAAAUGUAAACAAGCGAACAAGCUUUUCAAGGAGGGUAAGGAAAAAAUGUUCGAUGAAAACUCGCACUAUAGGCGGAAUUUAACAAAACUCAGUUUAGUUUUUAGCCAUAUGUUAAGUGAACUGAAAGCUAUAUUCCCCAAUGGAACAUUCGCAGGGGAUCAAUUUAGAAUAACAAAAAGCGAUGCAGCCGAGUUCUGGCGGAUUAACUUCGGAAACAGCACACUGGUGCCGUGGAAGGUGUUCAGACAAGCGCUCAACGAGGUUCAUCCCAUCAGCUCGGGUCUAGAAGCCAUGGCACUCAAGUCAACAAUCGACCUCACGUGCAACGACUACAUCUCCAACUUUGAGUUCGACGUCUUUACAAGGUUGUUCCAGCCUUGGUCGUCGCUGCUGCGUAACUGGCAGAUCCUGGCUGUAACACACCCCGGCUAUGUGGCCUUCCUCACCUACGAUGAAGUCAAGGCUCGGCUGCAGAAGUACAUCAACAAACCUGGAAGCUAUGUGUUCCGUCUGAGCUGUACCAGGCUAGGACAGUGGGCCAUCGGAUAUGUGACAGGGGACGGAGACAUCUUGCAGACCAUCCCACAGAACAAGUCUCUUUGUCAAGCACUACUGGAUGGCCACAGAGAAGGAUUUUACCUCUACCCAGACGGACGUAACGUCAACCCAGACUUAUCUUGGGCUGUGCAACCUACUCCUGAGGACCACAUCAAGGUUACUCAGGAGCAGUACGAGCUGUAUUGUGAGAUGGGCUCCACGUUCCAACUGUGCAAGAUCUGUGCAGAGAAUGACAAAGACAUCCGGAUAGAACCUUGCGGUCACCUGCUGUGUACACCGUGUCUUACGUCUUGGCAGGUAGAUUCGGAGGGGCAAGGCUGUCCGUUCUGCCGGGCUGAGAUCAAGGGCACAGAACAGAUCGUGGUGGACCCGUUUGACCCGAGGAGGCAGCACAAGGCGGGGACCAUCACAGUGGACCCGGACGAUGAUGAUGAGGACCUGAACAAUUGGAAUAUGAACAAUAGUUGUCUUCAAGCUCUUGCGCUUUCCCCUCGCACAGAAACUGCUGAUAGUAGGGGCGGGAGAAGUCCAAUGAUAUCUCCGGGAACUUCACCACUGUUGGUCCGAAGAGCUACUGCUCCCCCUCCACCUCUACCUCCCCGCCGUGCCUCCCCUAUACUCGGCACACCUGCCAAUUCUAUCAGUUGUAACCAGCUGACAGUUCCUAGUGAGGAAGCACCGCCGCCCCCGCUUAGUAGCCCAUCUCCCCCCGCCCACCACAUGUCUGAUGAGACGCCUAACAUCAAUGGAUUAUCAGCAGAGUCGAGAUACGACAUCUUACAGACUGCAAGAAACCACCUUCGCCACCAGUCUUGCCCCACCAUCCCCAGCACGAUUGCCAACAUGCUGCCUACAAAAUCCCUCACCACACAUCAAUUCCCCGCAGAUCUCCCGUCUGCCCCACCUCUACCUCCGGAACCACCAAUUCAUUAUGCGGAGCUUGCCCCCCUCUCUGAGGAGCCUAGCUAUGAGAACACUAUCAUCCUACCAGGAAAUAUCACUGUGAUAAAACCGAUCUAUGGUUUGACAACGGGAUUGGAGGCACCUAUAAUUUCAACUGGUGUUGGAACAGCCAAAUAUUCCCCAGCAGAUAAUAGGUUAAACCUGGAGCUGAGCGCUAAUGUGAGCAUAGUGCACGGUCCCUCCCGAGCGUCGUCUGUCGACUCUCAGAGUUCGUCCAGCAGUCUCACCCUCCCUCCACACCCCCCCUCCACUCCUUCACCUGCCUCGGCAUACGAGAACCUCAACAUGGACCACAUCGCCAAGCUCACAUCUCAAGGAUAUUCCCAAGAAGCGGUCAUUCGAGCCCUGGGAAUCACCCGGAAUGACCUAGAUAUGGCUUGGGACAUCCUCAACGAGUUUGCUACCAAACAAACAACGUGAUGAGGCGUCUCUUCUAUUACAGUGACAGGGUUUAAAUGUGUCAUCAGUUUGCUUGUACAUAGCCAUUUAGCACUAUUCAACUUAGUUCGCACAGACUUUAUGACCAAACCGCGUAACUAGGCUAUACUUGAUUUAUUUUACAACUUUACCGAGUAAAACCAUGCAAUAUUUUUGUACACAUUCUAGUCUUAUUCGAAACUUAUUGAAUGUUAACUUGUAAUAUUUUUGUAAAUCGUUCCCCUCGUACUUGCAAAUAUGUACAAAUAGUUAUUGUUGAGAUGGAUACAAUCAUCUGUUAGUUUGUUGAACAAUCAUUUUGUAUCAGACUCAUGCUGAUAUAUAUGUUCCUCUUGAAAUCAUGCGUAUCAAUUUGGUAACAGCAAGUAGUUCAUCCUUAACAUUAGUCCAGGAAAAACCUUAGUCUUUGAAUAUUGUUAUAAAUACUUCACAAAAUCAGAUAGGUUUAUUCAUGUGUUUAGUCUCAAGAAUAAUGUGUAUGAUGUAAUACCAUAAAAGUUUGUUUUAUCACUAUAUGUUAUAACUAAUUAGAUUAUUAAACUUGUGUAGUAUAAACUGCAGUAAAAUAUAUUUUCUUAAUCUGAAAACUAUUGUAACGUACAAUUACUGUAAUAUUAAGUGCUUUGUAUUAUUUUACAUUGAAUUUAUCUCUUACUGGAUCUUAAGUACCCUCAAGAACUUAAAUAAAUGCAGUAAACGUAUAAACAUUUGCACAACACAAAUCAACAAAAUUUUUGUGCAGAAAUAAAAACUACUGUGCAGUGUUCGGCUUAUUUAAUUUUCAGUUACUUAAUUUUUAUUAGCAGUUAUUUGUACUGUUAUUAGUAGUUACUUGUCACCUAGUGUUAGCAAAUAUAAUUUUUUUGUCCUUAAAAUUGUAAGGUCUUCAAGGCCUGGUUAGAAUGGUUACAGACAAAACAUAAUACUUGGAAUAUUUUUUGUUUAUAAAGAGGUUGGCAUCUCAUUCAACAAACAUAUAGUCCAGUCAAAAUAUAUAAAUUAAUGACUUAACCUCAAGAACCGUUUGUCGGAGCUAAAAGUGACCAAUACUAAAUGAAAGAUAAUUAAAUUAUCAACAAACUUAAUUGUUACAGAGUUAUAGGGUUAGUUGUAGGGCGCUAAAAUAUGGGGUUUUUUCCUCAAAUUGUCUGUACUUUACUUUGCACCAUUGUUAGUACCCCGAUAGUUUGAGAAAAAACGCCUAAUUUUAAAGCCCUAUAACUCGGUAACCAUUAGGAAUAAAAUAAAAGUGCUAAUGUCAUUUUUGUUGAAAAUUUUUUGGUCUUUCAUUGGUAUACAGCCACUUUUAAGUCCAACCAACGGUUCUUGAGAUAUUAGCCAAAAACCAAAAAAGGUGCCCUGUUUUUGCUAAUUGCCGCUAGAGCUUGCCUCAUAUUAAUGGGGACUUUUGAUAUAAUGUUCCCUAGGUACCUAGAUAUAAGUGUGCAAAGUUUGAUGCCAGUGAAAUUUUCAGUUAAAGAAUCACAAACCCUUUUUAAGGAACCCAUUACGUUUUUGUGGAUAUGUCCGGAAUCAAACCUGUACCGCUCACCAAAGCCCGAGAUGCUAACCACUAAUCCUUUAUCGGAAAUUAAACGGUUCUUGAGGUUACCUAUGUGAACAAGCUAUGUUUAUUUCCUUAGUUCCAACAAAUAUUUGUAUGUUUCGUACAAUUAGUCGCACUGCAUGCCACUUGUAACACCAAUUUUGUGAUAAUUGCUCUAAAUGUUUAAUGUUUUUUUUAACUUGUGAAUUUUUCAGUAUGUUUAGUUUUUUGUUAGGGUGUCACAUUAAAAAAUGUUAACCUAAUAAUUAGAAACUUACAAAAGUAUAGACACAUUGAAUAAAAACACAGGGUAGGUUUAUCAAGAACUUAAUUGAGUGGUUAUAAAAACUAUUCUGUAAAGAGCAAGUGAUUUUAUCUAAUAAGUUUAUGUGCGUUCAUAUAAUAUUUGCAAACAUUCAUUUGUUUUUUUGUAAGUGUUACAUUUCAUAUUGUAAUCACUGUAACACCCUUUUUUCUCCAUAUAAAAGUUUUCAGUGAAACCGGGCCUGACCAAAUUUUAUAAAACAAUUAUUACAAAUACAAGACCUUAUGACUACAGUGACAGAUAAUGAUCUUGGUAUAUGUUUAUAAUGUUUUCG